CAUUUGCUGGGCUCCGUUUCAGUCACGAACUUAAAGCCUAAAACCCUAACAGGCAAAAACCCUUCCCUCUCAAAAUCUCCAAAAAGGGAAUCAAAAUUGACAGUGAGAGCACAAAACUUGGGAGUAAAAUGGCGGAUUCAUCAGCAAAAUCCUCAAACAAGAAGAAGAAAAAGAGAAAGCAGCUAACCAGUCUCGACGAGAAACAAAGACCUCCUAAAACGCACCGUGUUAGUGAUGAACAAGAGAAAGAAAAGGUAAUGGAAUUAGGUGAAAGCUCAAAACAGAACGAACUGAAUCAUACAAUUGAAGCAGCGCAUCCAUGGAGAAAUCUGCAGCUGAUCCUCUCUCUUCAAAACAAAGAAAUUGACCUUCAGAAGAAGGUUGAAUUAGCUUUCAGUUACGUGAAUUUGAGGGCAACGGAGGAAGCCAAUGAAGUUGAAGAAGAAGAAGAAACAGUGAAAUUAUCACAACUUGUCGUUUUCCUUAACGAUUGGAUUCAGUCACUAUUGAUUUCCACAGAUAAAAAAAUGAUAAUUGAUUCUGGAGUGAUUGUUGAGGCAUGCCUAGAUUAUAGAUGUUGGGUUAUUUUCAAGUUCUGUUUGGAAAAAUCUUUGAGGUUUCAAGUUUCCCCGAGUCUUUCACGGAACCUUUUGCGCACUAUCUCUUGUCUUUCAAGUAAUGCGUUGUCUUUAUUGAUGGAGGCUUCUGUGGAUUGUAAAGAUUUGGUUUUUAAUGAAGGGUCAUUGAAUAGUGUUGUCUCGGAUUGUGUUUCUAUGGUAUUCUCAUCUCAUGGUGGUUUGUCAAAUCAGAAUGUGGAGUUAUGGAUUUCAACUGUACGUGUUGUUCUUGAGCUUGCGUGUAAAAUUUAUGACGAAAAUCUUGAGGGUGGAAAUGCAGGUUCUUUUUCCCUGCGGUUUUGUUGUUUGGUACUUGAACCAUUUGCCAAGUUUUUAAAGGUCCACCCGACUCGGAAAAAUGGAUUUCGUGAUUUUAUUGAUGAACUUCUUGGACCACUAUUGCAUUUGUUGGGUAUAUUGCAUCUUCGUUUUAAUGGAAGCAAUCCUUCUUGGAUGGCGAACUUAUUGCGAAUAGUUGAAGAGGUUUUUUCGCAGGGAGUUUUCCAUUCAGUCCAUGUUGAUGGAUUUCUGAGCUUACACAGUACAGAAAAAUAUUCUGCAUCCGGUGAUGGAAAUGUGAAAGACUCUAAAAUAGUCAACAAAAGUUACCAUAAACAUUUGUUUGAUAAAUUGGAAAGAAUUAUGACCUCAAAGAAGGAGGCUGAAUUGAGCGGCUUAGGAAAAUUAUUUCACUUGCUUGUUGAUCGAGUGAAAAAGCAAAAAGCAGCUCCAAUGUCAUCUGAAGAGGCCAGAAUGGCAGGGAAGCCAGACGGGUCGAUGUAUUUAUCUGCUGAUAGUCCUAAAAUGUUACAACAAAGUAGUAGUGCACCACUAGAGAAUAGUUAUGUUGCUAGUAAUUUGACUUCAGAAAAAAGAAAAUCACUGUUUGAUUUUUUUGUACAGAUUAUGGAGCCGCUUUUCCUUGAAAUGAAAAGCUAUCUUCAAAGUGAAUUGGAAAUAGGCCCUCUGCUGUUCGAUGUUUGUUGUACACUCAAAUCAAUCAAUCAUUUACUCGCGAGCUUUUCCCUUGAAAGGUUAUACAUAAAAACAGAGGAUAUCUCUGAAGGAGCUUUCCUUAAUUUCUUGAAGAAGAUUUACACUGCUAUUUUCUCAUUUUCCACCAAUUUACUUCGUUUUUCAAUAAAUGAUAUAGAUAGUGGGACUCAAGAGACAUUAACUUUAUUAGCAAAUGAGUUACUUAUUGCUUUGCGGUACCUUUUGGAUAUUGAAUAUGAAGUAAUUGGGAAUGACUUAACAAGCUUAUGGCUUAUGGUGCUUUCUUACUUGGCUCUUGGUCAUUCUUUUAAAGAUGCACCAAAUCAAUGCUUGUUAACUUCUCAGAUACUAGGAUUUGGAUGCCAGCUGGUUAAGCUUUACAGUGAACUUCGGCAGGUGGAGAAUACGAUAUGUGCACUCUGUAAAGCAAUCAGGCUUGUAACAGUACACAAAAAUAAUCAUAAUGGUGAUUGGAGUUAUGGUUGUUUUGGGUCCUCCAAAACAUCUUUGCCCUAUGAAGCAUUUGCAAAAGCUGUGGAAAUGAUGUUAUGUGCACAAGAAUUUAAACUAGCCAUUCACGAUGGUAUUAAGUCUAUACCUGAAGGGCAGGCAAGUGAGUGUAUUCGGCAAUUAAGCGAGGAUUUAUCAGAAUCCCUUGAAUGGAUGAAAAGUAUUAAUUCAGUUGCUGAUGCAAAGGAGUUUCAGGAAUCAAACACAAGAAGUUGUAAAAUGAGCUGUUUUGAUCUGCAAGCAGAACUUUUUGGCAGAGGAUUCUCUGAAAUAUAUGCAUUAGUGCUAGAUUCAUUGACUGUCACAAGUGGGAACAGUACCCUCCUUGGAAAAUCUUUAAAAGACCUGAUGGCUGUGAGUUGUCCCUCCAUGAGCAUUCUGGUUGGACUACAGCCAAAUAGUGUCAAUGAGUUCCUUUCAUUCAUCACUGGAAAACCUUCUCAUAUGAGGCCUGAUGUUACCAAACAUAAAAUGCCGAAGCUUGGAGUGUCUACCCACUGGGUCUUUGUGUUCUUUUUUCGCUUGUAUAUGUCCAGCCGAAGCCUGUAUAGGCAAGCCAUCGCCCUUAUGCCUCCAGAUAAAUCAAGAAAGAUGUCAGCUGUAAUGUGGGAUUCAUUUACAGCAUACUCUGGAAAAGAUUUGAUGGAGAGAACCAAUUGGACCAAUGACAGUUAUUUUUCUUCGGUUUUACAACCCUCGGCUUCCCUCCUUGUUGUUAUAAAAUCUGUCUCAGACAAUUGUCCUCAGGGUAGCAAUGCAGAUUGCUCUCCUCUGAUAUAUGUAUUUCAUGCUAUGGCUCUACAGAGGCUUAAUGAUCUGAACAGGCAGAUUAAAUAUUUGGAUUAUAUACGGAAAAGCAUUGACAGUAUUAUCGAAGUCAACUUACUUGAUGAUGCUAGCUUGUCACAGUAUUGUAAAAGGAAUAGAAAGUGGGGAAGACAUCUCUCUUGUUUGAAGGAAGAGGCAGAGGGUCUUGCUGAGUAUAUCAUGAGUCAUCUCUCAUUAUUGGGUAAUGAUCGAAUCUCAGUCCAAAAUCUCAGUCUGGCUACCGAUGGCCAUGCUCUAGUUGAGAGUGAUGAAUGGGAUUUAGGUGUUUGUUCUGUGAACAAGAAGUCAUUGCCUACUGCAAUCUGGUGGAUUGUUUGUCAAAAUAUUGAUAUUUGGUCCAUUCAUGCUAGGAAGAAGAAAUUAAAGAUAUUCCUCUCCCACGUCAUCCGCACUGGUAUAUCCUUAACAACAAGAGACUUCACAGUGGGAGAAGGCAACAAGACUGGUGAAGCUGGUUUUCUGAAUAAGAUAACUGUGCAUCAAAUCUCAUCAGAACUUUUAAUCAAGUCCAUUCUUUAUGAGCAUAAUUUUGUUCGCAGGCAUUUGGCAUCAAGAUUUUGCCAUUUAUUGAAGAAUUCAGUCCUAGCAAUAUUUAAUGAUUUUUCAAUUAUGGAUGUUGACAUCAAUUCAUUUCCUAAUUGGCAAGAGGUUUUAAGUACAGUUGGAAGCUUGCCAAUGGCUAUUUUAGAAAGCAAACAUGUUACUUUUGAUGAGCUGUCAGAGGAAAGACCAAUUUCUCCUUUGUCAUCUAAGAUAGCUGCAGAUAAUUCCAUGGAAUCACCUGACAUGAAAUUCAGAGCUUGUCAGAGUUUGCUUAAGCUUUUGUGUUGGUUGCCUAAAGGAUACAUGAAUUCAAGAUCAUUCUCAAUUUAUGUGACUUAUCUACUCAACCUUGAAAGGUAUAUAAUUAGCAGCAUAUCAGAAUGUACAGGUGCAAUGUCUUCGUAUAACCGGUUUGAGCUCCUAAGGUUACUUAUAUCCUGCCGAAGGGCCUUGAAAUAUUUAGUUAUGGCACUUAGUGAAGAGAAGACAAUAACUUCUCAUUCCUCAGUCACCCCAGUUCUAUCUGAGGGUUUAUUUUCUGUUUUAUGGCUUUUCAAGUCAGUUUUCAUGGUUGUCGGGCUUCAAGAGACAUUCUCAAAAGAUGAUUCAGAUGAGAUUGGGGAGAUGAUAUUCUCAUUGAUGGAUCACACAUCAUACCUGUUCCUGGAAUUGAGCAAGCACAGCUGUACUUGUGCUAUUCGCUCCAUAAUUUCUAAAGAACCUCAUGAAGAGCAGACAAAUGUUAGAAGUGUCCAGGAAGUCAGUACUUCAAAUGAAUCUGAUUCACGUGUGGAUUCCUGGGGAAGUGAUAAAGGCUGGAAAAAUAUUUUAGUUAUGGCUGAGAGUUUGAAGGAACAGACGCAGGGUUUACUUAUUUAUUUGAAGGAUGCCCUUUGCAAUGAGAAAUUAGGAAAUGGUGUUGAUCUUGUCAAUUUGAACAAUUUAUCGUCUAUGGUUUCUUGGAUUAGUGGGUUCUUGUGGGGCGUGUCAUCUGCCUUGAACCAUACAAAUAAGAUAGAUAGUGAUAAGGUGGAGAUAUUGAAAUUGAAUUUUGAACCUAGCUCCCAAAUUGGUCUUUGUAUAAAUGUGUUCACUGAUUUUAUUAGUUUUAUAUUACACAAGUAUUUUGUUGAGGAUGAUCGUCAGCGUGGAAGUUCAUUUGAUGUUCAAAAUGUUGAACAGCCAUCUGAUCGAAGUAAUUGGUUAGGUUCAGAGGAUACUCUAAAUAAAGGGUAUUCUCAGACUGACGAUUCAGGUGGUGCCCAGAGUCCAAUAUCCAUAGCUGCAGAAAACUGCUUAACAGCGUCAACUAUUGAUGAUAAUAUCCAUAAUGGUAGUAUGCAAAGGAAGAGUUCAAACUUGGAAGAAGCAACUGUUGCUAGUGUUUUGAGUCAGCUUGACAACUACAAAUGUGAAUCACUAAAUAAUUAUUUUUUGCAGAGCUUGCUAGAUGGUGAUCACCCUGAAGCCGCAAUCUUAAUCAGGCAACUUUUAAUUGCCUCUUCAGCUCUUUUGAAGCUGAAUUUACAGACAAAUUGUACUACCUCAUUGUCCAGCUUGGUGCCAAGUUUUUUUGGCAUAUCUCAUGUCUUGCUGUUGAAGUUAGCCGAUGUGUCAGAGGUGCCACAGCCAUUUUCUUUGAUAUGGUUAGAUGGUGUUCUCAAGUAUCUGCAAGAGUUAGGGAGCCAUUUUCCUUCAAAAGUUGAUUCUACCUCUACUGUAAGUGUGUAUACCAGGCUGGUAGAGCUGCACUUGAAUGCUUUAGGAAAAUGCAUUACUUUACAGGGAAAAGAAGCUACACUGGCUUCUCAUGAAAUGGAAUCAUCUUCUAAGAUACUGAGCAACAAUAAAGGAUCAUCUGAAUCAUCAUUUUCUCAUACGUCAUUCUUCUUGGAUGAAUUUAAAGCUAGGUUGAGGAUGUCAUUAAAAGUGUUAAUAAGCAAGUCAAUAGAGUUGCACAUGUUCCCUGCAAUACAGGCUAUUGAGAGAGCAUUGGUAGGAGUGCAAGAAGGCUGUACAAUGAUCUAUGAAAUAAAAACCGGAACUGCAGAUGGUGGAAAGGUUUCCUCAACCGUUGCAGCUGGCAUUGACUGCUUGGAUCUGGUUCUGGAAUACAUUUCAGGUGGCCGACAGUCGAGUGUAGUUAGAGGACACAUUCAGAAACUUGUUGCUGCUUUGUUUAACAUAAUUGUUCACUUGCAAAGUUCACUAGUGUUCUAUGUUAGACCAACAGGUAGUGUUCAUAACGGUCCAGAUCCUGGAGCAGUCAUUCUUAUGUGUGUUGAGGUAGUAACGAGAAUUUCUGGAAAACGUGCUCUUCAAAUGGCUUCCUGGCAUGUAGCACAGUCUUUACAUGUACCUGCAGCACUUUUUCAGGAUUUUUCUCAACUCAGACUUUCUAAAGGUCCUCCUUUACCUGAUCUCUUUUUGGAUAACCAAGACUGUGACCCUGUUAUGGGCAAGUGUUCCAGUGUUGUAGAUAGAAAGUUCUCAGUAGAAUUAUAUGCUGCAUGCUGCCGAUUACUGUAUACCACAUUGAAGCAUCAAAAAAGAGAGUCAGAAAAGUGCAUUGCUGUGCUUCAAAAUUCUGCUCGCGUUCUUCUUCAUUGUUUGGAGACGGUGGAUAAUGACUUAAGAGUUAGAAAAGGUUAUUACUCAUGGGGAGCUCAAGAGGGAGUAAAGUGUGCCUGUGCUCUUCGGAGGAUUUAUGAAGAGUUAAGGCAUCAUAAAGAUGAUUUUGGGCAGCACUGUUUCAAGUUUCUAUCCGAUUACAUAUGGGUUUAUUCCGGAUACGGUCCCCUUAAAACUGGCAUCAGAAGGGAGAUGGACGAAGCUCUGAAACCUGGUGUAUAUGCUUUAAUAGAUGCAUGUUCAGUUGAUGAUCUUCAGUAUCUUCAUUCUGUAUUUGGAGAGGGACCUUGCAGGAAUACACUGGCAGUUCUGCAACAUGAUUACAAGCUGAAUUUCCAGUAUGAAGGGAAAGUCUGACCUAAGAUUCUUUCACUGGUGAAGUAAAUGGCUGCUGGAUUAAAUUUGAAACGACAAUUCUUUCGAUCGUGCUGAGAAAACUACAGUGAUGUAUUAUCUGCCAAACAGAAUCAUGCAAUAACUAGAUUUCUCAGAAGUUUGACGUUGGAAAUCCAAAUACUCCAAGCAAUGUCCCCGUAUACAACGUAUUGAUAACAAAAUGCAGCAAAAGAAGGUGACAGACAAAACUUAUAAUCUUUUCUUUUCAGUAAUAGGUGUGCAUGACAACAAGAAUGAAGUUUCACCAAUUUUGUCCAAAUAAUCUCAAGUUGGGUAGAGCCCUAGUCUUGAUUUAUUACCAUGAUAUUCCUGUUGGCUGCUUUCAUUUUAUUUGUAUAUACAAAAUAGAUAGACUUCUUCACGUUGUUAAGUUGCAAAGUCUUUGCCUUUAAAUGACAGUCAAUCUUCUGAUCAUUUAUGCAAGUAUAUGAGAAAGAAAUAUAGCACUACAAAUGGUAGAUUCGUUA